CUCAUUCAUCCUCCCGCUGGUGCAUGUAGCUGUUCUAAUCUGUCCUGUAGCGUGUCUAUCAGCGGACGUUCUCCUCCUCCCUCCUGCUGCAAUCUCUCUCCUCUAUCUUUAGCUCUGUACCACGCGGGCAGCGGUUUAAUGCUCUUCUUGAGUUGAAGCUCGCAUCUUUAUUCGGGCCGGUUUGUCUCUGUCGGUCGUGUACGUCCAUCCGACCCACACACCCACACAGAUGUGGGAAUGACUCUCCGGAGCUUUUAUCUGGUGUCCUGGACUUGAAAAGCGCAGUGAAGGAUGUCGUUUUCCCCGAGCCGGAGCGCACGGCGAGCCCGGGCCUCCCUCCUUCUGUCCGGGGUCUUGAUCUGCGUAAUCCUCGCCGCCGUCGGUGCGACAGUGCCGGCAAACAAGUGCCCCGAUCACAUAGACUGUGCCAGAAAGGGGCGGCACUUCUGCAAGCCGGGCUCCUCCUACUGUGGCCCCUGCCUCAGCCCAUUGGAGGAAAAUGAAGCAGGACAUUGUGUUUCUCACAGUACACACGUUCCCCGGCACCACAGUCACGGUAUUUCCACAGCCUCCCAUCCUGUCAUUGAUGAAGAAAUCGACUAUCUGUCCUCUGUCAUUGCCAAGCAGCAGAUGUCACAAGUCAAACAGCCAGACUCUCGCUCACAAUCUCCUCCGCAGUCUCAGUCAGAAUCGAAGCAGAAGAGUCUGAACAAAGCCACAACUGUAGAACCAAAGACCAGUGGUCCAUUGAUACCAACACACCAGACCCCUAAACCUCCCCAGCCAGUCACAAACUCAUCCCACCGCCACGGGCCAAUCAUCUCCCCCCACUCUUCCAGAGACAGCCUGCUAGUCUUGAUGAUAUCUUUAUGCAUUAUUGUGGGAUCCAUGGCGCUCAUCAUCGCUGCAGUCUGCUGGGUCAGGGUACAGAGAGAAACUCGUCUGGCUCAGAAAGUUGAUUACCCUGCGUUUCAUGCUGCAGGCCCCAAUAAUAAUUAUACUUCAUCUGGGGAUACAAAUCUGGCUCACAGUGCUCAGAUGUAUCACUACCAGCAUCAGAAACAACAGAUGCUUUCAAUGGAGAAACAUAAAGCAGAACCUAAAGUCUCAGAGUCUGGGGCUACAUCAGAAGAGGAGAAUGAAGUGGGAGAUUUCACAGUGUACGAGUGCCCUGGACUGGCACCGACUGGAGAGAUGGAAGUGAAAAACCCACUGUUUGAUGACUCCUUGCACUCCCAGAGAAAUGGACAUUCCCACAAGUGACCUGGACACACACACACACCUGCAUAUGUUUUGAAUAGGUCUAACACAUCUAAAAGCAUUCCUCCACAGGGUUACACCACACACAAAUGAAAAAAAUAUGACUGUUUUUCCCGGAAAAUCUCAGAACAAAGUGAGAAAAACACCCAAACUCUAAAGAUACUGAAGAAGAAGAUGGUAUGUAGUCAAUCUGGGAAAUAAAAGUAAAAGCAGCAGUGGUUUUUUUUACUCAGAUGCACAUAUAUGAAAUCUGAAAGAACGCUUGCACCGCAAACUCUCAGUGGAAACUCAGACCGGCCCUUUAAUGCGGUUUCUUUGCACCACAUCUUCAUUCUUCAAAUCUGGGGUUUGUUUUCUCAUCUUUUUAUGUCACCUCCCUUUUAAAACCUUUUCUCUUUAGGGUCGUGUUAGGAAACUUUAUAAGCAUCUUUUUCAGCUAGAUGUAAUUUUUAAAGUAGUCUUCAUGUUUCUUGCUCCAGAAGCACCUCUUCUGAUUAUUGUGUAUAAGAAAUACACAUUGGUCUCUCAGAUAUUUACUUGUGUUAUUUCUCUUUCCUUAUCUGAGUAUUAUUUUCUUUUUGUGGACUUUUGGUUGUCUUUAUCAAUGCUGAUCUAAAACAACAAAACAUCUUUUUUUUUUUUUUAGAUUAAGAAUAGUUCUGUUUAAUUUCAUAACUUUAAUAUGAAGUCUCUUUCUCUCUCUCUCUCAUAGCGAUCUUUAUUUUUUUUCUUUGUAACCCUCAGUAAAUAUCACAUCCUUUAUUAUUUAAUGAUAUAAUGGUUGUGUCAGGAAAUGAAAUACUAGUUAGACUGAAACAGAGAGACGUUGAGGUUCCUGUGCUCAAAUCACUUUAGUGUAAAUAAAUCAAUUUAAAUGUAUUAUAUAUUACUUCCUUGAAGUGUAUGGGUGAUGAUGUUAUUGCAUAUGAGCUAUAAAACGAUCACACUUUUGCAUACAUCAGCUGUGAUGACGGUUAUGAUUCAAGAUCUGCUGUUCUGAUACUGUUAAUACACUAAAAUACUGUCUU